UGCAUUAUCGACUCCAGUGGUAGCAAUCAAAGCGAAAGUUUAGUUGAUCAGCGUGUGUUGUUUAUAAGACGAUUCUAUAUUGUUUAAACUAUGAGUUGAGCAGCAUUCAAGGGAGAUUGCGUGUUCGUUUUCGUUGGAAAACAAAGCGAACGAGCGCGCUCUCCCAAAGUUUGCGUUUUCGUCAAACUCGCGGCCCUCAAACGACGCGCUCGGUUUACCAACACGAACAAUAAUGGCGGUGGAUGUAGUAGGAAAAAGCCUACCAGACGCUAUCCUCUUGGAAAUGUUUCGAUAUCUAAGUCGACGGGAGCUUGGUAGAGUAGCUUUAGUCAAUCGACAAUGGCGAAGGAUAGCAUACGAUCCUUCGUUGUGGAGAACCGUGGACUUAACUGAACUGUUUCCCCACACUAUGGGAGAUGAAAAAACGCUGUUGAUGCUCCUACGAACCCGAUUAGCAUCAGCAAGAUCGUUGAACAUGGCCGAAUGUAGUCUUACUCCUGAUUUAGCCAAGGAAUUGUCUAGAAAACAAGAUACUUUGAAAAGCCUGGUUAGAUUUGGUGUUCGUGGCAAUAUCCGCGAUUUUCCCAAUGGACUUGAACUCAUGGACCUCCGAUAUUCAUGGGGCGAUUUCAGCUUUAUGAGGCGCUUACCGCGUCAUUUUUCCAAGAUUAAGUGCAUUGGUUUAGGCUCUGUGUCUUCCGAGUUCUUAAUUCCCGAUAUUUUUACCAAGAUGCGUCAUCUAAGAGUGUUAGAAUUAACUGAUUGCAGUGCUUUGACGGACGACACCAUGGUCAAAAUCUCACUAAGUUGCCCUCAUCUUGAAUCUAUAUGCUUGAACGAAUGUAAGAAUUUUCAUGGAAAAUGCCUAAGCCGUGUGUUAGAUAAUUGUCCUAUGAUUACGACACUGUUAAUACGUUUUACUAAGAUGACCGACAGCGCUCUCAUUUCGGUAAACUGGGAAAAGACGAGAGUACAAGAGUUAGAUCUCACAGGAUGUUACUUCGUGACUACAACAGGGCUUUCGAACGUAAUUUCUCGCUUGCCUAACUUACACUAUUUAAAGAUGAAUCAAUGUGGAUUUCGACAUAUACUACACCUAACUGUCUACCAAGAAAUUAGGCCGAACGUCAAGUAUACAAAUUUAGAGACCUUGGAUUUGAGAUGGAAUUUUUUACUAUCAGCUGAAUGUUUGGAAGGGAUUUUGAGGCAGGCCCCAAACCUUCGCUACUUGGGGGUCAGCCACUCCCCAAGGGUACCCCCCUCAGUACUAGCCUCUUUGUUGAAGUAUGUUCCCAACCUCAGGGUUUUGGAGUUUGGUCCACUUCGCAAGGAGAGUUUGUCCGAGAGCAAGCUAGUUCCGACUUUGAUCAAUUCAUGUCAAGUCAUUGAGGCUGUAUCGCUCAUUAACUUCAAAGUUAUGGACAAGGACGACACACUCCUACUGCAAGAACUACGGGAAAAGUGCAAACACAUUAAAGAAGUGAAACUUUGUAAUCCAAGGAUUGAACAUGUUGCCAUUGGAAAUCAGGGGGAAACAAUUACAGUUGAGCGUCUCCUCAUUAAAAUGGAUUCCCAGCUACCAUCCCCUAAAAAUACCCUCGGCAGAAAGAUAUUGAUGUCUCACAAAUAGAUUUGUAGGUUUCUGCAAAAUUUACAAGUCAGCCAUACAUGGUAUAAGUCAUGGUUAGAUGUCAACAUGCAAUUUAAAAUAGUUUAUUUGCUAUUUACUUAUAGCGUGGUUUUACUAGUACCCCAUGAAGUAGCUAGUUUAAAUUGGUUUAAGUUGGUUUUAAUUGCUCUGUGAAAUAGUUAGUAGACUAAUAUAGGGUAGUGGAUAUUAUUUCUGUUGUUUUCUAUCAUAUGCGUUUGACUAUACAUUUAACACGUGAUGUUUGUUUCAUGGGUCGAGCAAAACCACUGCGACUGGUAGAUUUUUUAGUAUGCAUAGGAAGAAUGUUCGUAUGAAGCAGUUGCAUCUUUUUGCUGCACCUAUGGGGUGUAUGGAGAAACAGAAGCAACAUCUUCAUGUUGGCCAACUUGAUAGUUGAUAUCAACAACAAAUUGUACAGAAACUUGGUUGCAUUACAAUGGUUUCUUAUAUAUUUCCAUAGUUUUCUUCAUUAAUUUGGUUUAACAAGUUCAUCAAUGUGUAAACAUUCUACAAAUUGAAACAAAUUAUGGGGUAACAUAUGCAUCAAAUUCAAAAAAACUUUUACUUUCUUGAAGUUUCACACCCCAAAUUUAUACCACAAUGGUAUUUUUAUAUUUAUGCUGAAACUAAAAUGAUUUUGGGGAGAUAUUUUUAAAAUCUAUAUAUCUACUAUGUAUGAUUACCUUAGUUUUAUUAUACAAUGUAAAUCGUGUGUAAAAUACUGUUCAUAACAAAUUUUACUUAAUCAUUUUUAUGCUUUACGAUUUUGGUGGAUAUUUUUACAAAUGUUUUUAUGACAUCUAGCUUAUCCAGAGCAUAUUCACACUCGUAACUAUGAUUUUUUAAUGCUUAUACUAGCUAGCUAAAGACAUUGAAAUUUGAUUUUAAAUUUUUGCAGCUCAAAAAUUGAUUGCAUGUUCCAAACACAAACAGAAAAAAAUGCCAAUUUGGAUGUGCUUCAUUGAUUCAAUUUUUUUGUUAAGAAUGAGAAUAAUUUAUCAUCAACCUACUACUAUCCCUGUCUUUGCUUUGGAAUCAUGAAUGACACUGAAACUAAUUUUAAAAGCAAAUAAUUUCAAUGCCUAAAAACCGAAGAAUGAUUGCUAAGAUGUUUGACUAAAGUCUUUCCAAAUAUUGGGCUUCGGAGAAUAUUAAUCAAAGGCUAAGGCUAUUUUAAAAAUCUUUUUAAAUAUGCAUUUAAAAACUACAAAAAAUUUUGGGGAAAUUUAGUUCUUAUUUUCAUUCGUAUUUCUAUUGCUUUUGGUAUUUUUGAAUUUUAAAAUUAACAGUUUACAUGUGUAAAACAAAACUACGCUUGGUUUCAAUUUGGUUGCAGGAAAGUUUUUAAUGUUAUCAUAAACUUGCUUUAUUUUUCUUUUUAUAAGAGAAUUUGGACUAGUACAGCAAGAAACCCUUGUUAAAGGUGUUCAAAUUUUACGUGCUCACUAUCUAAGCUAAUUUUUUAAGGCUACACUUAAUUUAGUCUAGUGAACUAAUUUAAAAAUCAAUGUUUGAUUGCAACUAUAUAUCUUUAAUUUUGCUACAAGCUAAAACAUCAAGGAUUUUUUUUGAUUUUCUAUACAUAUUUUUUUGCUGUAUUGCAGAAUGAUAUUUUUAUACACUUGUUUUUAAGCUCAAAAUUUGCUAUUAAAUUAGUUUAGCUGAUUGCAAUAUGUGCAGAGCAUUUUGUUAUGCAUGCAUGCACGCACUCAGGGUACUUGUAUUGGUAUAAGCUCAUUAGUAGUAUUGUUUUGAAGCUAAAACUUCAUAGCUUUAGUUGUAAAAAUAUAAUUUUUUUAUGUAGAACAGGAUUUGCAGCCAAUGUAAACAAAUUUACUAAAAGCUUUUACUUCAUAUUUUCUCACAAAAUUCAUUAUUUCUCUAUAUAGCUAUGCUUAACAUUUCUAAAACACAAUGCCCUACAGUUAAAGGUCUCUGAGAGAUCACAGAAUUAUUAAUACAAGGGUGUGGUGUAAUACUGUUCAUAUGAAGGCAUAUAGAGAUAUCAUCUUACUACAUGCAGAGUGUCAGGAGAUAUAUAUAUGCUAAUAAAGAUUUUAAAACAUAA